CAUAAUAAUACGUUCAGCUCUGUGGCUGGCGCACACCACACACACACACACUUCUUCGGUGACAGAGAAGCGCCUGCACAUCUCGUCCUCCUUCGAUUCAUCCGUUUCCUCUGCGUCAUGGCACCGUCCCUCACCUUCACCGUCCGCAGGCAGAAGCCUGUGCUGGUGGCCCCCGCUGGGUCCACGCCCCACGAGUUCAAGCGCCUCUCCGACAUCGACGACCAAGACGGGCUGCGCUUCCACAUCCCCGUGAUCCAAUUCUACCGGAACGACCCCUCGAUGGGAGGACGAGACCAGGCUAAGGUCAUCCGCGAGGCCCUGGCGAGGGCCCUCGUAUUCUACUACCCCUUCGCAGGUCGGCUCAGGGAAGCUGCCGGAAGAAAGCUGGUGGUGGAGUGCACCGGCGAGGGGAUCUUGUUCAUCGAGGCCGACGCAGAUGUCCGUCUCGAGCAAUUUGGCGAUGAGCUGCAGCCACCCUUCCCCUGUUUGGAGGAGCUCGUCUACAGCGUCCCAGGAUCCGAUGGCGUUCUCGACUGCCCCUUGCUGCUGAUUCAGGUGACCCGACUGCUAUGCGGUGGCUUCAUCUUCGCCAUCCGCCUCAAUCAUACGAUGUCCGACGCACCCGGGCUGGUCCAGUUCAUGAACGCCGUCGCCGAACUCGCACGCGGGGCGGCUGCCCCUUCCGUGCCCCCUCUGUGGGCGCGCGAGAUCCUAGAGGCGCGCAGCCCUCCACGUGCCACCUGUAAGCACCGGGAGUACGACGACGUGCCCGACACCAGGGGCACCAUCGUCCCGCUCGACGACAUGGUUCAUCGCUCCUUCUUCUUCGGCAAAAGGGAGGUUGCGGCGCUCAGGAGGCGCGUGCCCCCUCACCUCCGCAACAGCUCCACCUUCGAAAUCCUGACCGCAUGCCUCUGGAAGUGCCGCACCAUCGCCAUCUCCCCCGACGCUGACGAGGAGGUCCGCAUGAUAUGCAUCGUGAACGCGCGCGGUAAGAGCGACCUGGGACUGCCGGUCGGCUACUACGGGAACGCGUUCGUGUUCCCGGUGGCAGUCUCGAAAGCCGGCAAAUUGUGCGCGAACCCAUUGGGCUACGCACUUGAUUUGGUAAGGAAGGCCAAAUCGGACGUGACGGACGAGUACGUACGGUCGGUGGCAGAUCUGAUGGUGCUGAGGGGGCGUCCGCAUUUCACGGUGGUCCGGUCUUACCUCGUGUCCGACGUGACGAAAGCUGGGUUUGGGGACGUGGACUUCGGGUGGGGGAAGGCGGCCUAUGGUGGUCCGGCGAAGGGUGGCGUAGGGGCCAUCCCUGGAGUGGCAAGCUUCUACAUUCCUUUCAGGAACGGCAAGGGGGAGGACGGGAUCGUGGUCCCUGUUUGCUUGCCCGGCCCGGCCAUGGAGAAGUUCACAAUGGAAAUGGAGAGCCUGAUCGAGGAGCCGGUGGCAGCAGAGCAGCACCACAGCGUGACCCUCAUCAUGAGCAGAGUCUGAAACGUCUUCCAUGAAGUCGAUAAAUCUCGGUUGGGCUUCGGAGUCAUGUGUCGGUCAUCUGUCGAGUCGAUGAUUUAUUUACCCAAUCCCUACACUCCCUACACUCUAUCCCUGCCGCUUCUGGUUGCAUACACCCACCCGGUCAUGGUCUUCCAGUGCUUGGUCCACGACAAUGUUAUUAUCAGAUUGUGUAGCUAGCCGUUUAGCAAGUAAAAAAAAGUUGCCGAGUCUGCGUUUCA